GUGGGUGGAGAGAGUGGAGUUAUAAACGGCCCCAGUGUCGGGUGAAGCUGUAUUCUCGCCACAUACUGGAACUCACGAGUCGAGCGAAGCUUUGGCUGGAACGAAUCUGCUACUUCACAAGUAACUUGUGUCUCCAGAAGAAGUGGUCGAAAUGGAAAGCCUGCAGGAGCUGAUCCCAUUUGCCAAAGAGAUGUUGAGUCAGAAGCCGAGCCGGGGGCUGCUGAAGGUCUACCUGGUGGGCUCCGUGUUUGCCGUGCUGGGAACGGUCAUCGGGCUGGUCGACACCGUCUGCCACCCGUUCUCCUCCGGCGAGCCCCUGGACGCGGAGAUGAUCCUCAUGUUGGCCAAAGAGCAGAGAACUGUUGAGGCUGAAGCUCAGCGCAGCAUCGGGGCUCGGGGAAAGAAAGAGGAGGAAGAGGAGGAGGAGGAGGAGGGCCUCGCUUGUGAGAGUGAAAUCAAGACCCGGAGCACGACCCUCUCCAAGACCCACGAAUCCAGCUCACGGAGCAUUGCCCACCGCCUGCACGCCUCCUAAAACCAAAGUUAUUUAUUUGGGGAAGACUCUUGAUGGACACGGUACACACAGAGACUAUUCUACGGCGAGGGUUAAUGGUAAUGCAUUCAUGCGCCCUCACAUUUAUGAACUGGGCACACGCAAGGGCUCCGGGUAACACAGAAGAGAGACUUUUCGACGGGCCUGUUGUCAGAGGAUGAGAUGGCAAAGCAACAGUUGAACGGAAUGUGAAUGGAAGUGGAUAAAUAUUGCUAAAGGAAAAUGGAAGUGCAAGAAAGACGAGGCAAUAAGAUGCAUUCAGGUUCAUGGUUAAAGUAUAUAUAUAUAAAAAAAACCCAUAAGGCCUCCAAAAUACGUUGUACAUACUACUGCUGCAGCGACAACAACAAAAAAGGCUUAGAGAAGAAAUAUUUAAGAGGGUCACAGGAGGACCUGAAGGUUGCAGGUGUCAAGUUUGUCUGUGGGAAACUGGUGUGUAGCACCACCCGGUGUCUGCUGGUUGAAUCUGAACGGACACUCCAACCGUUCUGCGUUGCAUUAAGAGGAAAGGUUAUUGUAAAUAUUGUAUUAUGUGCACAUAUUGUAAAUAUAAAGUCUUUUUUCACAUAAAUAAAACUUGUUAUGUUUAUAA